GCGCGCAGGCGCAAACAGCUGCAGAGGGCCCGGAGAAAGCGUGGAACCCAGCAGAGAGCCGGGACGGAGGGGAGAGGACAGGACACAGGACGCUGCAGUCAGCUGAGGGAGACAGGGCCGCCAGUAAUCCGCCGUCAUGUCCGUGUUUCACGAUGAGGUGGAAAUUGAGGAUUUUGAGUAUGACGAGGAGACAGAGAGUUAUUGUUACCCGUGUCCGUGUGGGGACAAAUUCAUCAUCAGCAAGGAAGAUCUGGAAAAUGGGGAAGAAGUUGCAACAUGUCCGAGUUGUUCCUUGAUAAUCAAAGUCAUUUAUGAUAAAGAUCAGUUCAUGUCUGGAGAAGUAGUGGAAAUGGUGACUACAGAUAAACUGGAAAAAAUUAAAUGCUAAUGGCUAAGACUAUACAGCUCUGACAAAUGCGUGAGGUAUCUUCUAUGAAGGAGUGACGACUAAAUCAUUAAUCAAGAUUUUCGUGGAGAUGAAAUUCAGCUACUACAACUAAGUUUGGAUCUGUAGUUUACACAGUAUUUGAACUUGUUUCACUGGCUUCCGAUUUAUUCAGUUAAAUAUGCAAAUUACAGACUAACACCUGUGGUAGAAUAAAUUAACAAACCAUCAUUUGUUCAAAAGCAAAAUAGCACAGAUGCUGGAAACCUGAAAGUAAAAUCAAAAAUGCUGGAAAUAUUCAGAGUUAAUGUUUCAGUUCUGAUGAAAGGUCACUGCGACCUGAAACGUUAACUAUUUCUCUCCAUGUAUGCUGCUUGACCUGUUGAGUAUUUGCAGCAUUUUUUGUUUGUAUUAACCAUCAUUUCAUGAUUCCUAGAAGCUGCUUUAACGUUUCACCCAGCACCCAUCUUGUGCUGGAUAAAGCAUGAGACAAACAUUAGAUUGGGAUUUUCCGUAAGAAAAUCAGAAAGGAUGGUGCAUGUAAUUUACUUUUCUUGUUUCUGGCUAUCGUUGCUUGGGAUUGAAAAGCUCUUGCUGAAUAAGUUUUCCACAGUUGUGAGUUUUUAGUUUGAAACUGAUAUAUUGCCAACUUUCGUAUUCUAAGCAGGAAUAUGUGACUAAUGCUCUGAAUUGAUUUGCUUGGGGAGAAUUGUUUUGAACUGUUAGUCCUGAGGAUGUUGAUGAGGUGUUGUGCAAUGUUGUUUCUAAUAUUUAAAAUAGUUCUGAAACAUCAAAAUACAGAAUAUUGAGAGAGAACUCUUAAUUUAUAAUCCUGGUGUGAUUAAUUGCUAAUGGUUGUUAUAUGGUAUAUGCAAACUUCCUUUCACAAAUAUAAUGACUCCAUAAAUGACAAUUUUGAGGAUUCAAGUGACGCUCUAGCAUGGUUAGAAAAAGCCUCAACUGUUGGGACGACCUGCAUUUACUGCUGCAUUUGUCUUUUGUGGGUUCCUGGCCUGCUGGUGUUUGCAGUAAAUUAUAAAAACUUUUGCAGUUGAUCCAUUACACUGUAUGAAGUAGCGUAAUGGUCCUUUGGAUGGUAUACUGGAGAUCACACCAAAGAAUAAGUUGAUUUAAAAUAGUCUUGGCCGCUAUCACUACAAUUCUUAUAAUUUAAUCUUUGACUGUUUUAAUUAGUGAAAUUUUCUUGUUGAUCUGUUGGCCAAUAAUUGGGGAUUGUUGCAAUAGUUGAAAGUAGGUUUGGUUCUUAAGUUUGAUCUGAAGUGAAAAGAUGGAUGGACAAAAUCAAUUUUGAAGCGGACUUCACUUUUGUUACAUUUAUCAUUGUAAUUUUCUUUUAGCCGUUUCUGUUUGUAAUGAAAUAUUUUAUUAAAAGUUUUUUACUUUUA